CGAUCGAGGGCGACGCCGUUAGGACCAUAACGGCGCGCCGUCUCCGCCUCCGUCUCCGUUUCUUUCUCCUCCGCCGUUUACCCCUUAAUCUGCGCCCCGCCCUCUCCCUUCUCUCUCUCGCUCUCUAAAGCUUCGAAUAACAACCCUCCUCCUCCUCUCUCUCUCAUUCUUCUUUCUCGUGCUCGUCUCUCUUCCCCGGUCGGAGGGAGAGGGGGAUCGCCAUAGAUUCCGGCGACAGCUCGCCGGAAUCCACCAAAGAUCCCGACGGAAUCACUCAUUCUGAGGCUUGCGCUUGGGAUCUCUCGAUUUCUUCCGAAGAGAAGAAAGAUUCCGUUAGCGGUACCCGGGGCGUGGUGUUCUUGCUUGCAUUGGACGGGAAAGAAGAGGACGGAGGGGUGAUGGGCGGGAUUGGAGGCUCGCGUACGGCACGGAUGCCGAGGUGACCCUUGGGGGAUUCUCCCUGGCAAGCCGCUCCCUCGCCUUGUGCGGACCACUGCUUUAAAUUCGGCCAGGCCCCAGCUCCUUUUGUGCCGUUCUGCGGAGGUUCUUGGUGAGCGAGAACGGAAGAUGGGGCGAUCUGAUGAGGAACCGACUCGUUGAAUUCGUCUUCUUGCUUGCUUCGUAAGUUCUUUGCUGGAAUUUGUAUGCUCGUUUGUGAUCUGCCUGGGAAUUGGCGUCAAAAGGUCGGGUCUUGCGCCUGUGGUUGCAAUUGCGAGCUUGAAUUCAGUUUCCAAAGGAUCAACCGUUCAUCCGGAGAAUUUAAGAAGAGGGUUGUCCGGGCGCCUCAAUGUGAAUUUAGUUUUCGCCUUGGUUUUGGAGCUGCAGGAUGCCAACUGAAGACAUGGAUCAGGGGCGGCUCUCUGUAUUCAGCUUGCACUCUGUGGCGUCUUCAACUUUUUCUGAGGAGCCGCAUGUUGCUACUGAGAGGGAAGACAACUGAUGUCAGGGAGUAAGUCCAUGUCAUCUUCUCCACCUGAUAAGCAUUGUGAGAUUAAAGCAAGCUCUAUGGAAUGUUUAGAGCUUCCAAAGUCUUGCAAUCUCAAGGACCAGAAGACAGAGUCUAACCUUGAACAUCAUCUGAUGGUGCCACAAAGGGUGACCAGCAUUCCUCCUACUUCAAGACUUGCUGAUCAUGUUUCUGGAUUCCAAUCUGAUAUGUUGUCUCUUCCUCCUUUGUUUGGCAAAGGGAACAUAAUGGAUCUUAGUGGACCAUAUGAGAAUGGACUCUUCUCAAGCUCUUUAUCAGAUAUACUCGACAAAAAAUUGAGAUUGUCAUCAAGAAUUGUUCCCUUUGGUCAGUCUGUUAAUUCAGUUAACUCAAACUUUGGUGAAGAUGAGCCUUUUGAAUCAAUGGAGGAAAUUGAAGCUCGGACUAUUGGAAAUCUCCUUCCUGAUGAUGAUGAUUUGUUCCCUGGUGCUGCUGAAAAUAUUGGAUAUAUUCAUCGACCCAGCAAUGGGAAUGACAUUGACGAUGACAUAUUUUACAGUGGUGGUGGUAUGGAACUGGAAUCUGAUGAUAAUUCCAAUCGCAAUAGAAAAUCUGAAUUUGUCGAGGGAGGGCUCUUUACUGGUCAACAAGGUGAACCAAAUGGCCCAUUUUCCAGUGAACACCCAUAUGCUGAACAUCCAUCUAGAACACUUUUUGUUAGAAAUAUCGAUAGCAAUGUCGAAGAUGGUGAAUUAAGGGCUCUCUUUGAGCAUUAUGGGGAUAUACACACACUUCACACUGCUUGCAAGCAUCGCGGUUUUGUUAUGGUAUCUUAUUAUGACAUAAGGGCAGCACAAAAUGCAAUGCAAGCGCUUCAGAACAAGCCAUUGAGGCAUCAGAAUAUGGAUAUCCAAUUCUCUAUUCCAAAGGACAAUCCUUCGGAGGAAGAUAUAAAUGAGGGUAUGCUUAUUGUAUUUAACCUUGAUUCUUCUAUUACAAUUGAUGAUCUCCGUCAGAUAUUUGGUAUUUAUGGCGAAAUCAAAGAGAUAUCUGAGACUCCACAUAAGCAUCACCACAAAUUCAUAGAAUUUUAUGAUGUUAGAGCCGCUGCAGCUGCUCUCCAUGCUCUAAACAAGAGUGACAUUGCAGGCAAGAAAAUUAAGCUUGAGCCUAGCCGCCCUGGAGGUGCAAGACAGAGCUUGAUGCAACAGUUAUCUCCAGAGCUGGAGCAGGAAGAAUUAGAUGGAUGCUGGCAGGGAAGCCCUAAAAACUCUCUCCCUGGGUGCCUUGGUUCAUCCUCUCUUGGGCCAAUCACACCUAAUAAUCUUGAAAAUGGAGCACUCCGUGGUUUACCCUCAGCAAUUCAAGCACCAUUUACCCCACUUAUGGGGACCACAUUUCAUGGAUUCUCAUCUAGUGUGCCGCAGAAUUUAUCUUCCCCUGUAAAAAUUGCAUCUGUUGAUAAUCACACCAAUCAAGCCACCCAUGCUGAUAUAAGCCCUUCAGUGGGCCAAAUCAAUACUGGAUUCCAGGGCAUGUCUGAUAUGCAUCCUCACUCCCUUCCAGAUUAUCACAAUGGAAUAUCUAAUUCAAUCCCUUAUAACUCGAAUACUACUUCAACCAUGGGUAUUGGGGUCAUCUCCAGACCUUCUGGAGGAAUUGACAAAAGGCAUCUGCAGAAAGUAGGCUCUGGUAGCUUCAAUGGGCAUUCUUUUAAUGCUAAUGAAGCUUUUGGUGUUUCCUCAAAUGGAAGUUAUCCUCUUCAAGGACAUCAGUAUGUUUGGACUAAUACAAAUGCAUUCCCCCAUAAACCCCCUGGCUCCAUGUUAUGGUCAAAUUCUUCAUUGCUUAUAAACAAUAUUCCUGCUCAUCAACCAUCUCAGAUCCAUGGAAUUCCUAGAGCACAAUCUCAUCUGUUAAACACUUUACACCAUCAUGUCGGUUCGGCACCUUCUGUCAAUCCAUCACUUUUGGAUGGGAGACAUGCCUAUGCUGGGGAUUCCAUGGAGCAACCUGCUUUUCAUCCUGGAUCUCUUGGAAAUAUGGGGCUUUCUGCAAUUCCACAGUUGAAAUCACUAGAACUUGCUUCUCGUAACAUCUUUUCACCUUCCAGUGGCAACUGUCUGGAUCCUUGUCUUUCUCCUGCACACAUCAGGAUUCCUUCCCCUCAGCAAAGGGGCCACAUGUUCCAUGGAAGAAAUCCCAUGUUCCCUGUUACUGGUCCAUUUGAUGGUUCUACUGACCGGAUAAGGAGCCGAAGAAAUGACACAAAUGUGAAUCAGUGUGAUAACAAAAAGCAGUAUGAACUUGAUAUUGAACGCAUUAUACGUGGUGAAGACUCUCGAACGACACUUAUGAUAAAGAACAUCCCUAACAAGUACACAUCUAAGAUGCUCUUGGCUGCUAUUGAUGAAAACCAUCGAGGAACUUAUGACUUCAUCUAUUUGCCAAUAGAUUUUAAGAACAAAUGCAACGUUGGCUAUGCAUUUAUAAACAUGAUCAACCCGCAACAUAUUAUUCCUUUCUAUCAGUCAUUUAAUGGUAAGAAAUGGGAGAAGUUUAACAGUGAAAAGGUGGCGUCACUUGCAUAUGCUCGAAUCCAAGGGAAAACAGCUCUUAUUGCUCAUUUCCAGAACUCAAGUCUGAUGAAUGAAGAUAAGCGUUGCCGUCCUAUCCUCUUCCAUACAGAUGGUCCUAAUGCUGGGGAUCAGGAGCCCUUUCCUGUGGGCACUAAUGUCAGGUCAAGGAGCAGAUCAAGGACUGUCAGUGGUGGCGAAGAGAAUCAUCAGGGAGGUAUCUCCGCCUAUGCAAAUGGAGAAGCUUCUUGUGAUGCAGUGGGUUACCCUCCAGCUUCUACAAAGGAUUCAGAUCGACACAAGCCAAUUUUUCUAGGUGAGGCCGACUUUGGGGCCAAACUUGAAGCAUGAUCCUCUGUCUCUCAUGUUUUGAAAUAUCCGGAGUCGAAUGAUUACUUCUGCAAUAUGGUGGGUUGUGGUUGGUUGCUUUACCGAAUGCGGAAGGGGCUUUCAAUUUUCUUGGGUUAUUUACUCAGCUGAGGUCAAAAAUGUGAAAGGAGGUGGGAGAGGCUUAAGAUUUUGGAUUGCCGUAUGAGGAAAAAAAACAAUGUACAGAAGAAAUCUCAAGAGUGGGGAAAAUAGGAUUUUUCUCUUGCGGUUGCGGAAGGCCUUCUUCAUAUUUUCUCUCCUUUCUUUUUUUUUUCUUUCCUUUAUUAUUAUUAUUAUUAUUGCUUUUGCUUGUGAGUCUAGAGCCCAUUCAUGUACAGGGUUCUUCUUUGUUUCCUGUUGGAGCUGCAUUGCGUGUGUUGAACCAUCUGCAUAGCUCCUCAGAAUCUGUUAUAUCUUCCAUACAGAUCUGUAUAGCAUGAAUUUUGGAGUGUUUUUGAAUCUUUUUGUCUUGUUCUUCU